UCAAACGUUGACAGUUUGAUUGUUUAUAUUUUGUCUUCAAACGGGGCCCCGGGUGGAAAGUUGAAAAUGGUUUAUAUUCACUUCCCAUCUCAUCUAACUGAGGAGGAGCACAUGCUCAAAGCUAAAUAUCAAAAGCUCAAAAAGAAGAAAAAAGCCCUUCAAGCUUUGAAGGCUCCAAAGCCAGAGCCUGAAAAACCGUUGAUGCCCAAGCGUCCUGCCGAUGCUCGAGAUGCUCGUGAAGUUGCAAGAAAACUCAUCAAGAGUGGUGCGAUCCCGGCCAUACAAAAGCAGCAGACGAAGCAGGACCAGACCUCAUUCAAAAGACCGAAAGGACAAGAAAGAAAACGAGCACAAGUAGAGCCAACUGUCCCCGCCUACCAACCGUUUUCUUCGACCCAAAAUGAUGUCGCCCAGGAAACAAUCGGCGAUUUCUCAGACAAGGAAACGAGUCGAAUCCGAGGUCUCUAUCAACAGUUUGCCGCCGUUCGGGAUAGGGAAGAGCGCGGUUUGACUGACAAAAAGGGCGAUCCCGCAAAAGGUGACAAACCGCGCGCUGGGAACACAAUCUUCGUUUCAGGAAAUAAAGUCACAGAAGAGUUUCUCAAGAAAAACUUUGCAGAUUUCGGGACAAUUGUUAAUGUGUCGAUGGAAAUUGAAAAAGGCCGUGGCUUCGUCACAUUUGGCAAACCAGAAUCUGCGGAACGUGCUAUUGCGGAGAUGCAUCAAAAGAACAUUUCUGGAAUCCAAUUGCAAGUUCAAUUAGCACGACGACAGCCUCAAAUUGAGCCAAUAAACGAAGCGUCAUCGUCUGCUGUUUGGUCAACGAUUGCUGCAAGUCAAUCUCAAAAAGGAAGUCAUAAAGAUAAACGUGAAAUGGUUCAAUACGAUGAUAUAUUUUAAAGUAAAUGCAAUAAAAGUACAAAAGCAGA